CCCGAUUUCAUUCGUUCAUUCGCUCCUCCUUCAAGGCUGAUCCUCGCGCGAAAUGAAGGUGGGAGCCUGUGUUGUGAUUGCUCGAGAGGCUUGCAGACUGCACACGCCUAUCAUCCGUAUCUCUCGUCAGCUGUGGAGAAUUCCUCCGCCGCCUCCACCUCCACCUCCACACCGGUGCGCAGUCAGGCCUUCAGGCAGUCAUUCCUCUCCGCUGUUUCGCGCCUCUCCUUCAAUACCGUAUCUUCCCCGCAUGUUGCCGACCGACCGCACUGCACUUGCAUGGGGACACAUUGACACUGCCUGUGGCCUUCCGUAUUACAUACUGCCUGUUGCCUGUUGCCUAUUCCCAGGUAUCCACCAGCCAAGCGAGCGAGCGUCGAGCGAACAUCCGAUAUCCACAGAUCUUUAUUCUCGAGACUCCUCCGCGCGCGCGCGCUCUCGUCCGCCGCCGUCUUGCGGCCAUCCAUAUCCACCGUGUCUCCUCUGUCAGUCCGUCUCGCUGGCAAGAUGGCAAGACUGCUGUAGAGUAGAGUGAGUACUUGCCGGAGCGGACACUAAUCAGGAUACGGUACAUGUCUGGUAUGAUGUCUGGGAGUACACGUCCUGCUGCAUCGACGGCCGGGGGAAAGAGAGAAAAAAGCAAAGAAAGACACCAACCACGGUUGAGCGCGUCGGACAUCCGCGCAAUUGAGAUCAAUCGCGCAGCGUGACUGGAUUAGGCGACUCUCUCUCUCUCUCUCUCUCUCGAUUGCCUG